UUGCUUGUCUCAAUUUGUUCAAGUAACAUUCUCCCCACUUUCAUUCUCCUCUCUUUGCAACAAAAUUUUCCUGCUAAGACCACAUCAACAAUGGAGGCAUUGAGGGUGAGAUUAUUUUUCGCCAUGGUGGUUGCGCUCAUGGCCGUGUCUACGGUCCAAAAUGUCGCGGCAGCUGAUGCCCCGGCCCCUAGCCCUACCUCAGAUGCCAUCGCCUUCGUGCCAACGGUGUUUGCUUCCCUUGUUGCUCUUGCAUUUGGCUUUCUGUUCUAAAAUGGUCGUGUUGGAUGAGCUACAAUAUAUAAAUAUAUAUAUAUAUUUCUGAUCUUUUAAGAUUGGGGUUUAUGUAGAAUUCUUUUGUCUCAAGUUUGAUUCUUUCUCUCCAAAGGGCAUAUAACUCCUAUUAGUGAAUUAAUUAUGGGAUGAGAAAGAUCGAAAAGCUUGGGAUUUUGCUUUUUACAUGUGACUACUGCUUAAUGAAUUCAUACUUUUCUUAUUGUUUUAAUUUAAUGUAUAAUUGAUGUAAUUUGUUUGUUGGUGAGCUAAUGAAUUAUUUGUUUGCUUAUGAUUUCUUUUUAUUCUUUGACCUCUUCUUUCUUGGAUGGGUUGUUGGAUUGUUCUCUCAUCACACCAAAAGUUUUCCAUGAAAAAAAUUGCCAUAAUUUUCUUCUGUUUACUUAUGAAUCAGUUGUUUGCCCCCUCAUUUCACAAUUUACUCAAGCAACUGGGCAUUAAUCUUCAAAACAGAGGAUCUUUACCCAAUAUGUAAACCUUGGAAUGUCUCAGUUGUAGGUGGAUGAUUUGCUUUCAAUUUGCCAUCUAAAUAUACAAAACCAGCAUUAAUGGAACUAAACAGAACAUCAUCAUCCAUAUAACAGAAUUACUAUGAUCAUUUAGUUCUCAUUAAAAUCCCAUAUUGUAAAAUCAGAAAAGAAUUAUUCUUUCCUUCUUUCUUAUAAG